AUGGAUUCGAAACUUCAUACGAACUUUCCUCUUGGAAGCCAACAGAAGAUAAAUGCUUUGGACUCGCUACCAGAGCGGAAAUCUUGGUUCAAAUCUGGCUGGCGCGUAGGAGCUACAAGUGCGGCGGCACUGGCAACCCUGUCGCUCGCCCUCAAUCUCAUCGCUACGGUGUUUAUAUCCAAACACUCCAAAUUCACCGCCGGGAUAUCGAGUAUAUACACUGGUAACUGCGAAAUGGUUGAGAAAUACGAUACUUGGAUCCAUUUGGCCAUCAAUGUCGUCAGUACGGCGUUACUCUCCGGAUCCAAUUAUUGCAUGCAAGUGCUCUGCGCCCCAAAUCGGAAAGAGGUGGAUGAUGCACACGCUAGGAAAAGAUAUAUGGACAUUGGUGUUCCUAGUUCGCGGAACUUGACACUUAUCAGGAAGGAGAAGCUUUUGCUUUGGUGUCUGCUAGGCCUGAGCAGUUUGCCUUUGCAUUUGAUGUACAAUUCCAUGUUUUUUGGUUCGUUGAGCACUAAUGACUACAACAUCUAUUACGUUACGGAGGACUUCCUGACCGGAGCUGCGUACAAUCGUGUUGCUUUUCCGGACAAGAUCAAUGGCUUGGAUGAGGAUUACAUGGACACGAGUGCCAUGCAGCAAAGACUUCAGCAAAACAACGGCACAUGGCAAAAACUCAGCAAUGCAGAAUGUAUUUCUGCAUAUGCGGUGGAUACGCUCAGCGCGCACCGAGAUGUUGUUAUCGUCGUCGAACCACAAAACACAACGAGGAAAGGUUCAAUGGUGUCCAGAGAUCGCUAUCGCUUCAACUUCAACAGCGAAUUGGAGAUGGACUACUACAACCCCUACGAUUGGAUCUGUGUAGACCCCAUGCUGGCGGAGAAGUUCAUCGCGCAGGGUUGGAGCUUAUCCUACCGCUGUUAUCAGACCAUCCCACAACUCAAGAAAUUGCUGAUCAGUGGUCUCCUCGCUAUUACGACGCUCGAUAUUAUAUUCUGUAUGAGUUAUGUGGCUUGGGGCAUCAAAGACUCCCCGUUGAUAACUGUGGGUGAUGCGGUUGCUUCUUUUCUUCGACGAACAGAUAGUACGACAAGAGGUGCUUGUUUGAUAGACGGCACAUACUUCCAACAACACUGGCGCGACGACGGAGAUGACGAUCACGGCAUUUCCAGCACCGAAAGAGAAUACAUCCUGGGCAGCGAGCCCAUGGUCUUGGAGGGAAGAUCACGGCGUCUGAAGGAUGCAGCGAGUAAAGGCAGAUGGUUCAGUAUGGCUGGACUGCUUUCAGCCGCUCUGAUCAUCGUUGCGGGUCUGUUGGCAUACGGAAUUGAGCACCUCAAGACUUCUGAUAGGAGUAUGUCGGCGCUCUGGGCGAUGGGUUUCGGAACAGUACGUGAAGAAUCGCUAAUCGGUGGCUCGGGCUGGCAUAUGCCAUCUGUCACUGCAGCUGUCAUCGUGGCCAAUUUACCGCAAGUCAUGCUCUCGUUUCUUUACCUGCUGUUUAAUGGUCUUCUCACUGCCAUGCUCGCGGCGCGGGAGUGGAGCCAUUAUGCUCAAGAACGAAAGCCUCUGCGAGUAUCAACACCAAAAGGAAUGCAGCGAUCAACAUACUUCCUCUCGUUACCUUAUCGAUUUGCAGCUCCCCUCUUGGUCCUCUCGGGGGCUUUGCACUGGCUCGUCUCGCAGAGUCUUUUCUUGGCUAGCAUCACCACAGAGCUGCGUGAUGGAAGGACUUUAGCCGAGGAUCCCGUGUCGACAUGUGGCUAUAGUCCAAUAGCCAUGGUAUUGACGCUCUCUGUUGGUUGUUUGAUGCUUGUUGGCAUUGUUGGUGUCGGCUUUUGGAAAGUCUCCGCGGACUUACCGAUUGUUGGCAGCUGUAGCGCUGCCAUCUCAGCUGCGUGUCAUCCACCUCCAGGUCAGGAGAAUGCGCACUUGUUGCCGUUGCAGUGGGGCGUGAUACCUCGAGCAGACGGAGAUGAAGUUAGCCAUUGCUCAUUCUCCGCCGAGGAGGUUGAGGCUCCUGUCGUAGGUGCCAAGUAUGCAUGA